GCGCGCAGUCUGCUCUGUCUCCACGGACGCGCUGCUGUCUGGAUACCACGGUUUUCGCUUUUCUUGGAAUUAUAUUUUAUUCUGAUGCUUUUAAACUUAACCUCGAUGCAGAGAAAUGGGUAAACUGCAUUCGAAACAUGCUGCUAUUUGUAAACCAAGGGAGAGUCCAGAAGGCGACAGUUUUGUAGUUAAUGCCUGCUUGGCAAAGAAGGGAAUAGACGACUGGUUGGCAAAACAGAAGUACUAUCAGCAAGACUAUCCACACAAGAACAACUGCGCUCUGACUCCACGGGACUCUGCUGACGUCUGUGCAGAAGGAAUUGGCAAUGAACACUAUCGUUUAGAAGUGGCUCUACCCCCGGAGAAGACAGACAGCUGCUGUGUGGAGGAGAAGAUGCUGGAGAGGGACCGCCAGUCUCCCGCAGGGCCGCAGAAACAGCUCCAGUUUGAAGAGCUGGAGUGUGCCGUGUCUGUGGAGGAAGAUAACAGGCAGGAGUGGACUUUCACCCUCUAUGACUUUGACAACAAUGGCAAAGUCACAAGAGAGGAUAUCACCAGCUUGCUUCACACUAUCUAUGAAGUGGUGGAUGCCUCGGUCAACCAUUCCCCCAGCAGUAGUAAGACUCUCCGGGUCAAGCUCUCUGUCGCCCCAGACUCCAGCCAGCGUUGGAGAAGCUGUCCACAAGACACAUCCCACUCCAGAGAGAAAAAUGACAAGUGCACAGAAGACCCCAAGAGUGCAGACAAAAAGACUCGCGCGCUCCAAAGGCGCCACCACAGUGACCACCACACCCAGCCUGGCUGCCAGCGCCACUGUGUGGACGAGAACCUGGAGCGCAGGAACCACUACUUGGAUCUAGCUGGGAUUGAGAACUAUACGUCUCGCUUUGGAACUGUGCCUGCUACAGAGACAACAAAGGCAGAGCCUCAGACACGGCCAUCCAACCAAACACGUUCCCGUUCUCAAGAACCUGAAAACGGGCACUCUCAUGCCCACCAUCGCCGCUUACAGGCUGUAGUGGACACCCCCGACGGCCUUCAUGCUGUGCGGUUACGAGUGCACGAACCAGGCAAACAUAGCAUCCGCUCUCCUAAGACCCACAGCCGUAUGGGUCCCACACAAAACAACAGCAGGGCAAUAAGGAGUAGAGGAAACUCGUCUGCCCCCACCCUGCCCAGCCAAACGCCCCCUCACCAAUCGACUGCACCUUAUCGCAAGCUCAAGCAAAGGUCCAAGGACAGUCAGGGCUAUCGGGCUUUGGGACAUGUGUCUACUACUGGGGCAGUGGUGGAGAAGGAGCAGGUGCGGGACAUGCCCAGUGUGGUGCUCUACGAUGGGGCACAAGUGGUCCAGCGGCAUGAGCAUCACCAUCACCAUGAACACCAUCACCACUACCACCACUUCUACCAGUCCUGAACAACUACAAAACUGAAGUGUCUCAUUGAACUACUGCCUCAGAUUGCCUUUUUCCAAACACUGACUGGGUUUAGUGGAGUAGAGGACAGUCACUGGAAAGCCACAACAAAGACUGUUAUAAGGAAAUGGUUCAGACAUAACAGAGUUUGGUAAAGCAACAGGGACACAAUCCAAGGCCACAAUAUGGCUAUGAGAAUAACAGCUGCUGCUUCACAAAGCUCUCAAAUAACAAAUGAACUGUAUCAAAAAGCACCACAUUUGUAAACCACUAAGCCACCAGGGUUAAGGCGAUAGGGGGAUGUUAGGAGUAAAGACUGUGAUGUAAACAUGAACAUUAAUGAAGGAUAGUAAGUGACAGAAGAGCAGGGCAUAUGUGUGUUUGUGAGAAAGACUUUUGUUGUUCUUGUCCUGUGGGUGUCACGACACUGGUGUCUGUGGAGAAACCACUUGAAUGAAUGAAUGGUAUUUAAAGCUGGAUGCUUGGCCAAUUAUUGUGAAAAAUAUGAAGAUUCUUAUUAAAACAUGCAUUAUCCCCAAUGGUAAAAAUAUGAAGGAACCUGCUGAGAAGUAAAAUGAACCGAGAUCCCAAAUCUGCUGCUACCUCUAAUAUAAUCCUAAUUGUUGUUAUGAUUUUAGCUAAGCCUUUACCGGCUCUUUUAAAGUAUGUACACGAAGAGUAGGCGUGUUGAAGUUGUAAAGACCACUCUUUUAUUAACAUUUACUGUACAUAGGUGUAUAUUGUUAGCAAUUUUAUAAGCUUUAUUGAUAAUGUGAUAUCUUUGUAUUCACUAAAACCAUUAUGCUUGUCCUUUAUUACCACUUGACCUACUGUAUAAAAUCCUAUCCACUUUUUGUACAUCUCUCUAUUAGUGACCUGUAGUUCCUUUUGAACAAAUUUGGAUUAGAAAUAUAUUACAUUUUGUCAGAAUUCCCAAAUCGAAUCUUUUCAUAUUUAAAAUAUUCCAUGAGAAUUUCCGUUUUCUAACAGUACAUUUGUUGUAUUUCUGUCCACUGUUUUCUAUGCAGCCCUGUAAAUUUGCCACUGUGACCCCAUUAAUUGCCAACAAGAAUCGGCAUGUGGCAUGUUUGGGGCAGGCCUUCUUUCAGCUGUCUCAUUCCUAUGCUGGAUGCCUCUCUGUCUCUGUAGGGAGCUCUUCAAAAUGUCUGCUCAUUUUAAUACAGGUUAUUCUAUGUUCUCUGGAUGGUUGAGGGACUUAUUUAACAUUAUGAGUUAAGAUAACAUGCAUUCUGACAAUUACAUGACAUCUGAAUUAGUUUAAUGAGAAGUGCCUUGGUGUUAACACAAUGUAAAACAGUACAAGCUGCCAUUCACUGCCCUGUCGUUGGAUGUCAUCGUGGUUGGGAUGAGCAGGAUUCUUGUGCAAGCAACAGCCAUCUUUUGCAGCUGUUGUGAUGCUAACUUACCCUCAUAGCACUCUGUGGAUAAUAAUUGAAACAGUGUAAGAGUAGCGUGUAAUAUAGAAAUGGAAUCUGAACUGGUUACUAUUUUUCCAGCAGGGUGGUCCAGACAACAACAACAACAGUUAGUUACUAUGAUAAACUGUCUAUUUGUUUUAAGCUUUUCACUAUUUGAAACCAAAUAAGCUGCUGCUAGGGAUUGGUUGAUAAAAGUGAAAAAAAAUUACAGUAUUAUGCAUUUUUUCACUCAUUUGGAAACUUUUUUAGAAUUUAAAGUUUAUGAUUUGAAUAUGAAGCUACCACACUCCAUUUAUUGCAAUGGGCAACUCAUUUUUUUCCUUUCCAUAUGAAUAUGUUGUAAAAGUUCAUCACUGCCAUCCUUUCUACUUGUUUUCAAACUAUUUAGAUAAAAUAAAAGUAGAUGGGUUAUUGAUUACUUGCUUUAUUUAUUGAAUUGCAAAUCUGUGCCAAGGGAAUUGCCAUUUUACAAUAUUAAAGAUAACCCUGUUCUUAA